ACAGUAAAGGCCGUGACACACAGGUAGAGGUGAGACGACUGGGGCGCGAGCGAGAGAGAGAGAGAGAGAGAGAGAGAGUUCUUCUCUGCAACAGUGCAACUUAUUUAUAUUUCUAUUUGUCCAAAUUUAGUAAUUAAUUAAUUAAAGUGCAGAAGAGGGAUCAGUUCUCCAUGGGCGGGAACAAGAGCACCACCAUUUGAAAAAGAAAGCAAAGCUGAAAAUGCGCUUUUUAAGACCUCCUUCCAGUUCAUGCACAUGGUCUUCUUCUCCUCUUGUGCUGGUUUGAAAGUUAGAAAACCCAGAAAACGAAGGCAGAUGCUGUUUCUUCUGUGAAGCUUUUGUCGUGUUUUGGUGGAUUCUGGAUUGAUAGAUGGACCGCAGAAGUUGGCUAUGGAGGCGAAAGAAUUCGGAGAAGAGCCCAGGAGAAACUGAAAGCUCAGGAUCAAUAUCCUCUCAUUCUGAAAGAUUAUCUGAUGAGCAGAUCCAGGACACAUCAAGGGGAUCUCCAAAUCAUAGUACUCAAUCACCAGAGGUCACAUCCAAAGUCUCCGUCAAUGGUGGAGAUGUUAAUUAUGAUGUGAAGAGUUUGAAAGAGAAACUAUCAGCUGCACUUUUGAACAUCAGUGCCAAAGAGGACUUGGUGAAACAGCACGCUAAAGUUGCAGAAGAGGCUGUUUCAGGCUGGGAGAAGGCAGAAACUGAAGCGGUAGCUUUGAAGCAACAACUAGAAGCUGCUUCACAGAAGAACUCAGCCCUUGAGGAUCGGGUAGGCCAUCUUGAUGGUGCCCUCAAGGAGUGUGUCAGGCAGCUCCGUCAGGCCAGAGAAGAACAAGAGCUGAAGAUCCAUGAAGCUGUUGUCAAGCAAACCCGUGAAUGGGAGUCUGCAAAGUUUGAGCUUGAGAGCCAGCUCAUUGAGCUCCAGAUCCAAGUUGAAGCUGCAAAAGCUGGAUCUUCUGUAAAUCCUGAUCUCCGCCUGAGGCUUGAGGCUGCAGAGAAAGAAAAUGCUUCCCUCAAGCAGGAGCUUCUUGCUCGAGUCGAGGAGCUAGAAGUUACGACUCUGGAAAGAGACCUAAGUACCCAAGCAGCAGAAACUGCAAGCAAGCAACAUUUGGAGGGUAUAAAGAAGUUGGCUAAGCUUGAGGCUGAGUGUCGCAGACUAAGAGCUACAUCUCAGAAGGCAUCCUCUGUGACUGAUCACAAGUCUGCUGCUGCCUCUUCAGUUUAUGUUGAAUCACUGACGGAUAGCCAGUCAGACAGUGGGGAGAGAUUACUCACAGUGGAGGCUGAUUCGCGCAAAAUGAGUAAUUCAGAGCCGAAUGAGUGUGAGCCAAGCUGUUCAGAUUCAUGGGCAUCAGCUCUAAUAUCGGAGCUUGAUCAAUUCAAGAAUGACAAGGCCAUUGGUAGGAACCCCAUAGCCUCUUCUGUAGAAAUUGAUCUCAUGGAUGAUUUCCUUGAGAUGGAGAGGCUUGCCUCCCUGCCAGAGAUGGAGAGUACAAGCCACGGCCUCGAGUUGGGAGCUGUUUCAGAACAACGACUUGGUGUAGAAAACACAUUAAAGGCUGAACUUGAGGCAAUGAUUCAGAGGACGGCUGACUUGGAAGAGAAGUUAGAGACGAUGGAAGCAGAGAAAGAGGUGCUCAAUGCAGCUUUGGCCGAGAGUCAAAGUCGACUUGAGAUAUCACAAGGUCAACUAAGGGAAUCUGAGGAGAAGUUGAUGGAGCUGCACAGGCAGCUAGAUCUAGCCAAGGAAUUGAAGCAAGCGUCUGAGAUAGAAGCUGAGGAAAAGUUGAUGGAGCUGCACAGGCAGCUAGAUCUAGCCAAGGAAUUGAAGCAAGCGUCUAAGAUAGAAGCAGAUGCUGCCAAUGCAAAGAGAGAAGAAGUGGAGGCACAGCUUGUAACUGUGGAUGUAGAGGUCCAUACUUUGCAUGCAAAGGUAGAUUCAUUAGAAGCAGAGCUCGAGAAGGAGUAUGCUUUGUCGUCUGAACUUAAAGCUAAAUGUCAGAAAUCAGAGGAUGAGCUAUCAAGAAAGAGACGUGAAGCUGAGCUAUGGCAAACGGUGAGCUCCAAUGGCGAGUUGAAGAUCAAGCAGGAGAAGGAGCUGGCCGUAGCAGCAGGAAAGCUAGUGGAGUGUCAGAAAACCAUCGCAUCUCUUGGACAACAGUUGAAAUCAUUAGCUACGCUGGAAGACUUCCUAAUUGACAAUGAGAAGCCAGCGGAACUUAGAAUAGGAGGAUCACCCAUACCUAGAGGUGGGGAGCCAUGGAAAUUAUAUUCAAAUGAUGCUUGUCUAGCCAAAAGUGAAGCUGAUUCUUCAAAACUAGUUGGUGAUGGCUCUGGUCCUAUGAAUGGUAAAAAUGGGGAAUCACCACCAUUGUCUGUAUCAUCUUCAUCAGCCUUAUCACUCCUGAGAAAAACCGAAAUGGGUUUGGGACAUUGUUCUGUCGGAGUAAAAGUAAUACCCAUGUAGAAAACCAGUGAAAAGAAAGAAAAGAAAACAGAGAUUCUUGUAAAAGAGAGGAUUAUUGUGUUUUAUUUAAUGAUAUUGUCAAUUAAUUGACAGUUAUAUUUACA